GGUCGCUUUGACACCCGAGACUUGUGUCCCCCAAGUGCGAAGAGAUGAAAGCUACCUUUGCUUAUCGUUUUGAUGCCCGUUACUUUUCCACCUCCCUAGUUUCCUCAGAAAACCCCUCCAGUCAGUGAAUUCGCCCUUUGCGCUGCUAGAAAGGCCCGUAGCUGUGACUGAGACUCCAGCCGCAGUGAACAUGGAUUGAGUCAUGCUGCUCAAGGAGCCAGGAAAGGACUGAGGUGCGGAAGCUAGCGUUAGCUGGCUAGCCAUGGAGGGAGAUAGAGGAACGCGUGACUUUGUCUCAUUAGACUCUUUUUCGUAAAAUGACUUGAUAGCGGUUAUCGACGACCCAAAAUUAUCCAGUCCACGCACGCAGUUUUUAUUAAAGUGCGCCAUCCUUUAAGCUGCGCACACACCCUGAAUAUGUCAGCCGUCCUGCAGAUACCCACUCGGCUGUCGUUACAUAGGUCCCACUCUGCUCUGAAGCUAGAUCGUGCACUUUGCAGCAAAAACACAUGGGCUUGGCUGGUCCAAAAUAUACAAAUUCUGAAAUAAUCUGAAGAUUUGCAGGUUUUGAUUGAACCUGAUCCCACCAAAAGAGAGUUAAACCAGUGUUUUAUUCAUAUUUCCUAAACACCCCUUGUUAGAUUUAGGUAAAAGUUCUUGCAGACCCUCCUGCAGCUUCAAAUUUGUCAGAAUAGUAGGUGGUCUCUCCUCAGUUGUAUGGAAAACAGUGCUGGAGGUAGCAGGACUGUUGUAGGUCAGCAAUGGGAGGUUCGGUGUCUUGCUGCAUCUCUCCCAGAGAGAGCCCCAAGAUCCACAGGAGAGGGUUGGAGCUGGAGGAGUGUCCCAUUACCACUACUGAGGACGUGAGUGAGGACACUGGGACAUACCUGCAGCACAUCAGCGACAGGGAGCUCCCCGAUGAACUGGCCCAAGAGGCCAACCCAUCAGACCACCCCAGAGCUAGCACCCUGUUCCUCAACAAGUCGCAGACAGAUGUACGUGAGAAAAGGAAAAGCAACUACAUGAAUCAUACAUCCCCUGGACUUCUGACAAAAAAGUUCAGCUCGUGUUCAACUAUAUUCCUCGAUGACAGCACAGUCAGCCAGCCCAACCUCAAGAGCACCAUCAAAUGCGUUGCACUGGCCAUAUACUACCACAUAAAAAACAGAGAUUCAAACCGCUCUCUGGAUAUAUUUGAUGAGAAGAAGCACCCUCUGUCGCGAGAAAAGGUUCCAGAUGACUACUCUGUGAUCGACCCAGAACACAAACUCAUCUACCGAUUCAUAAGAACGCUUUUCAGCUCUGCGCAGCUCACCGCCGAGUGUGCCAUCGUCACUCUGGUGUACCUGGAAAGGCUGUUGACGUAUGCUGAGAUAGACAUCUGUCCUUGUAACUGGAAGCGCAUCGUUCUUGGUGCAAUCUUACUGGCCUCCAAGGUCUGGGAUGACCAGGCUGUGUGGAAUGUCGACUACUGCCAGAUCCUCAAAGAUAUCACCGUAGAGGACAUGAACGAGAUGGAGCGUCACUUCCUGGAGCUGCUCCAAUUCAACAUCAAUGUCCCAGCCAGCGUCUAUGCCAAGUAUUACUUUGACCUGCGCUCACUGGCUGACGACAACAAUCUCAGUUUCCCUCUGGAGCCACUCAGUACCAAACGGGCCCAAAAAUUAGAGGCUAUCUCCAGGCUGUGUGAGGACAAGUACAAGGACCUGAGUAAAUCUGCUAUGAGAAGGUCUGUCAGUGCAGACAACCUAGUUGGCAUCAAGACUUCACAGGCUGUGCUCUCUUAAGUCUGUGACAGCCAUUGAACAUCUGCAGCAGACUGCAAGAUCUACAGGAUAUGAUGCCGCACAUGUUGAGACAUUUCCACAGUAGAUUGCGUUAAUAUAAGCAGCUGAUAAGUUUCAUUACAAAAGCUUAUAUGUUCAUUUUGGAGAGGAACAAAAGAUUUACCAUACAGUAUCACUACAAUGUAAUGAAAUCAGUCUUGUGUGUUCAUUACAAGGAACUUUGGCUAACUGCCUUUAAAGCAUGGUAAAAUGGUGAAAAAUAUGUUUGUUCUUUUUUUAAAAAAAAGUUGGAUGUCUACAGCUGGGAGGAAUCAGAAUGAAAGCACUACCAGAAACUGCACCAAUCUUUUUUUUUCUCUCUCUUUUUACAUCAGCCAGUCUUCUGGGGAGUAAUACCUGGCUAUGGCUGUCUUCUCCCUCCAACCAAACCCCCACUCCUAUAGGUCAAAUGAUGACAGACUGCCAGAGGUGGGAAGUGAUGAAGUACAAAUACCUUGUUACUGUAUUUAGGUAGAAUUUUCUGGUAUCUGUUCCUUACUUCAGUAUUUAUUUUUGAUAACUUUUUACUUUUACUCCCUACAUUUUAACCCAAAUAUCUGUACUUUCUACUCCUUAGGUUUUCAAAACAGGCUCAAAAAACCACCAAAAUAUAAUUUAUGCAUCAUUUAUUGCACCAUAGUCGGGGGUUACAGUGGGCAAUAUUGAAUGGAUGCAGACGUGCUUGCGUUAGUUGUAGUUGUGCUAAUUUAGCAUCUAGCUAGCACAACAGAAGAGAAGCGAGCAUAAAAGGAGUAACAAUUAUUAGAUGGUAGGCAAUUUCAAAUGCAGCGUUUCUGUCAGCUAAGUAAAUAUCAGCAAACACAAACUUUCUGUUCAGUCUGUCACACACUGCCUGCUAGCUAAAGGCCCAGCUGCUGCGUUUCCCAGAGAGUGAGAUAACUUCACUCGGACAUGGCGAAAGAUGUAACAAAGAGAGGACAGGAGAGGAAGAAGAGAGGUUAGCUUUAAAGGUAAGGACUUCUCAGUGACGUUUGAAAAACAAAAUUUAAAGUUAUUUUUUUAAAUUGGGUAUUGGAUCCUUAUGUGCUGUGAAGUUAAGUUUUUUUUUCCCCUGCCAUAUUGUUAAACAGCUUGCAUGGGUGAGGGUUGGGUAACAUGAAGUGUAGCAGAGAUUAAUUUGAAUUUAAGCCGAGUAAAUUCAAAUUCAGCCUUGAUACCAACAGCAUACAGUCUAAUAUAAAGACAGCAUAAACAGCGUACUGUCAGUGUAGGGGAUGGAAAAAAGCAAAGAUAGCUCAUGAAACAUCUGUUUACAGUAAACCUCAGAGCAGCACAGGUCAGCUGAUCACAGCCUGCACACAGAAUCUACUGAAGCUCACAAUAGAAAGUUAUUGUGUUUCUUUUCCCCACACUGAGCUGCUACAACUGAUCUUAGGGUCCCCCCACCUGCUGAAUCCCACUUUAACCAUUGACUGUACUCAUUUUCCUGGUUAGGUACGGAAGCAAAGUCAAAAAACAGUUUGUAUUCCUAUGUAUUAAUUUUAUUGUGACAUUAAAAAAAGCACGAGGUUCAGUUAGUUUUGCACAAAAACAGCAUGUCCUCCAACAAAUGUCCUCCAAAGAGCUACUUUUUACUUUCUUACAUUGAGCACAUUUCAGAGCCUGUACUUUUUCACUUUUAUUUGAGUAAAGAAGUUGAAUCAGUACUUCAACUUUUACUGGAGUAUUUUUUAACACAAGUAUCUGUACUUCUACUUAAGUAAAGAAUUUCUAUACUUUUGCCGCCUCUGCAGACUGUCUUGGAACUACCCUGUGGUGUAGUUAUGUACAUGGACAAAGAGUAGACUUUAUUUUGCUUACUAUGUAGGCCCGUAUAGCUGUGAAAUGUACAAGACUUUAUUUAAUUCAAAUAAAUUUCACGCGCUGUUUAAAAUUGA